AUGUAUGCCAAAGCCUCGCUGCACCUACGUUCAGAUCAUACGAAGCUACAAAAAUCUUUCACCAUGGCCACUACAACUGUCGCAAUCACCGAGCAGCCCAGUGCCGCGAUUAAGACUGUCGACGAUGGCAGAAUGAAGAUGGAUGGCCAGGAUCCAUCUUACGGCGACUGGCGCGAUGAGCUACUCAGAGAUGGCUAUGCCCUGAUCAAGGCCGCCAUCCCCAGGAAGCGCGCCGAUGGCUACGCGGACAAGAUGUAUCAACUUCUGGAAUCGUUCGGCCUCGGCUAUGACCGAAAUGAUCCAUCGACUGUUCAUCCAGACAAGCUUCCCGUCAUCAACGAGAAGGGCAUGCUCAUGGCGUACGGAGCCUGUCAUGAAGACUUCGUCUGGGACAUCCGCAGCGAGCCCGGCGUAGUCGGUGCCUUUGAGAAGGUGUACGGCACUGAAGACCUCCUCGUGUCUUUCGACGUCAUCAACUACGGCUUCGCGAACCGUUCCAACCUGCCCGAGAAUAAGCCCUGGCCCCAUCAGGACCAGGACCCCGAGAAGCCCGGAUUCCGUUGCCUCCAAGGCCUCGUCAACCUUCAUCCAUGUGGCCCUGAUGACGGCGGUCUCAUAGUGUGCAAGGGCUCCCACAACCUGAGCGCGCAAUUCCACAAAGACCUCAAGGACGAGCCUCGCAUACCGGCUUGGACAAAGGAAUGGUAUGGGUUCACCGACCGCGGCAUGGAAUGGCUGAAGGAGCAUGGGGGCGAGUGGAUCAAGGUCUGCGCCGACCCAGGCGACCUCAUCGUCUGGGACUCGCGCACCGCGCAUUACAAUGUCCCCGUCAAGAGCAAAGUUGACCGCAUGGCUGUCUACACUUGCUACAUGCCUGUCUCGGACGCUACCCCAGAGGAUCUCGAGCGCAAGAAAGCCGCAUAUGAAUCCCGACUUGGAACAACCCACUGGCCGAAUGCGCGCCACACGGGGUCCAACACCGCAACUCGAAAUGGAAAGCCGGAUCACAUCGUGCGGGAGAGGCCACUGAACGACAAGGCCUUGAGUGAGAGAGCUUUCAAGCUUACCGGGAUUCCUUACAUUCGGGCUUGA